UCAUAGUUCAUAGAUGCCCGACCUUUCCAACACUCAAAAGGCGACAGUUCGACACUGUCGUUCUUGAAUCCAAUAUUUCCGCCGACCUUCCUCCAUCAACGCCCUCUUUUUGCCUUCAACAGCCUCGGGCGAGAAUGCAAGGAAUUGAACCUAAUGAUUUGGCCCGUUUUCAAUCCAUCAUGCAAACAAUUGAACAUGCUUGCAGUUUGAUUCAGAUGCAUGCAAAUCCUGUUGAUUCGGAGACUAGUAUUUUGUCACUCAGUCAGUCGCCUCAGCCAUAUCAGGCGUGCAAAUAUAUUCUUGAGAAUUCUCGAAUGGCAAAUGCAAAGUUUCAGGCUGCUGCUGCUAUUCGAGACGCAUCACUUAGAGAAUGGGGAAUCCUCACAUCUGUGGACAAGAGAAGCUUGAUCAGUUAUUGUUUGUGCUUUGUCAUGCAACAUGCGAGUUCACCAGAGGGUUAUGUUCAGGCAAAGGUUUCUUCUGUAGCUGCUCAAUUACUAAAAAGAGGCUGGUUAGAGUUUCAGGCUUCUGAGAAAGAGGAACUUCUUUUUCAGAUAAAGCAGGCAGUUACCGGUUGUCAUGGUGUAGAUGUGCAGUUCAUUGGUAUAAAUUUCCUUGAAUCUCUGGUAUCUGAAUUUUCCCCAUCCACAUCAACUGCCAUGGGUCUUCCCAGAGAGUUCCAUGAGCAAUGCAGGAUGACAUUGGAGCUAGAUCACCUGAAGACUUUCUACAGUUGGGCACGUGAUGCUGCUGUAGGUGUUACGAGCAGAAUAGUUGAAUCUGAUUCGGAGAUUCCUGAAGCUAAAGUUUGCACGUUUGCCAUGCAUCUUAUGCUUCAAAUUUUGAAUUGGGAUUUCCAGUACAGCUCGGGUGACAGGGCUAAAGCAAAUGUUGAUAUCUUUGCUGCAAAUGCUGGAAAUGAUACUGCCUAUUCUAGAAGGUCGGAAUGUGUACCAGUGCAGCCUGGUCCUUCAUGGCAGCAGUUAUUACUUUCAAGUGGACAUGUGUGCUGGCUGUUGAAUCUUUAUCGAGCUUUGAGGCAUAAGUUCUCUCUCAAAGGUUACUGGAUUGAUUGUCCAAUUGCAGUUGCUGCUCGGAAACUCAUUGUGCAGUUCUGUUCCUUAACUGGAAAUAUAUUUCCAAUGGAUAAUAUACAAACGCGAGAACACUACUAUGUACAGUUACUAUCUGGUAUCAUACAUUGGGUUCAUCCCCCAGAUGUAGUAUCAGGGGAAAUCAAAUGUGGGAAGAGUGGAAGUGAGUUGCUUGACGGUUGCCGGGCGUUAUUGGCUAUAGCAACUGUAACUUCCCCAUAUGCAUUUGAUCAACUUUUGAAAUCCAUAUGCCCAUUUGGAACAAUAACCCUGUUAUCUAGCUUGAUGAGUGAAGUGGUCAAGGAUCUUAUUGUGACGGAGACUGAUGAGGAGACAUGGAGCACGGAAGCACGUGAUAUCUUGUUAGAUACAUGGACAGCUCUUCUUGCGCCUUCAGAGAGUAGUAGUGGGAUUCCAUCACUCCCUGUAGAAGGAAUGAGUGCGGUAGCCUCUCUAUUUGCAUUGAUUGUGGAGUCUGAAUUAAAGACUGCUGCUGCAACAGCAUUCAAUGACGAUGACUGCAACGACUAUCUUCAAGAUUCUAUUUUUCACAUGGAUGAAAGGCUAAGUUCUUAUGGUCUUAUUGCGAGGGCCUCAAUUGAGUUCUCAAUUCCUUUUCUUACAAAAGUAUUCUUGGAACGCUUUGCUCAACUUCACCAAAUCAGAGGCAAUUCAGAUCCAACUACAAUAUUAGAAGAAAUUCAUGCACUUUUACUAAUAACUGGACAUGUUCUUGCUGAUGAGGGAGAAGGGGAGUUGCCUUUGGUUCCAGACGCUAUACAAAUGCACUUUUCGGAUUACAGAGAAGGUGACAAACAUCCAGUAGUUAUACUUUCCAGUUCCAUCUUACAUUUUGCUGAGCAGAGUGUGGAUCCGGAAAUCAGAGCAUCCACUUUUAGUCCUCGUCUUAUGGAGGCAAUCAUAUGGUUUCUUGCUCGAUGGUCUCGCACAUAUUUGAUGCCACUUGAUAGUACUGUUCCAGAGCAGCAGUUUCCUUCCAAAAAGAUAGUACUUGACUAUUUCGGAGAACUUAGUAAAGGAAAAUAUGUCCUUGAUCUCAUUGUUCGAAUAUCAAUGAUUACAUUGAUUUCAUAUCCUGGAGAGAAAUAUUUGCAGGAGCUUACUUGUCGUCAUCUAUUCCGUGGACUAGUUGGACGGCAGGAGAUCAGUGCCCAUCUUGUUUCUUUGGAUUCCUGGAGUGAGUUAGCAAAAUCUUUUGCUAAUGACAGAACUCUGUUCUCACUGAGUGCUCCACACCAACGGUCUCUUGCGCGAACCCUUGUGCUUUCGGCUUCUGGAUUGAGAAGUUCUGGUACAUCAAAUCAGUAUGUUAGGGAUCUCUUAAAUCAUAUGUCUGCUUAUCUUCUGGAUUUAUCAGGCAAACAAAACCUCAAGAAUGUCUCUCAGCAUCCAGAGAUUAUCAUGGUGGUGAGUUGCUUGUUGGAGCGAUUACGAGGAGCUGCUAGUGCUUCUGAACCUCGGACACAAAAGGCAAUUUAUGAGAUGGGAAUUUCUGUGAUGAAUCCUAUAAUAACCUUUCUUGAAGUUUACAAGAAUGAGCCUGCAGUUGUCUAUUUGCUGCUGAAAUUUGUUGUCCAUUGGGUAAAUGGACAAAUUAGUUACCUGGAGGCUCAUGAAACUGCAAAUCUUAUCAACUUCUCGAUGCGUCUCCUUCAGAUGUACUCUUCCCAUAACAUUGGCAAGAUUUCUAUAAGUCGUUCCAGCACGUUAACCAAUGAAGCAAAGACUGAGAAAUACAAGGAUCUCCGUGCUUUGAUUCAACUUCUUGCAAGCCUCUGCAUGAAAGAUAUGAUUGACUUUUCUGUUAGCUCUAACGAGUCAGAGGGUUUAAGUAUUUCUCAGGUUGUUUAUGUUGGUCUCCACAUUAUUACACCUUUGAUAUCCGUUGACCUUUUAAAAUACCCUAAACUUUGUGAUGACUACUUCUCUUUGAUAUCACACAUGUUGGAGGUUUACCCAGAGAUGGUUGGCCAACUAAAUGAAGAAGCUUUCACCCAUAUAAUUGGAACCUUGGACUUUGGCUUACGUCAUCAAGAUUCAGAAGUUGUUGACAAGUGUUUGAUAUCUCUGAAGGCUCUCGCUUCAUAUCAUUUUAAGGAAACUACCACCGGCAAUGUGGGUUUAGGCUCUCAUGCUAGUUGUGUCAAGGGUCCAGGGGGUAGUUUUCAAGAAGGAAUUUUGAGUCGCUUUCUUCCUUCCUUGCUGCAUUUACUUUUGUUUGAUGAUUACAGCACUGACUUGGUGAGCGCAGCAGCAGAUGCUCUCCUUCCAUUAAUUCUUUGUGAGCAAGGUCUAUAUCAGCGGUUGUGUAAUGAAUUGAUAGAGAAACAAGCAAAUCCAACAUUUAAAACAAGGCUUGCAAAUGCAUUACACUCUCUUACAAAUUCAAAUCAGCUUUCUUCGACAUUGGAUCGAAUUAAUUGCAGAAGGUUCAGGAAGAAUCUUCUAAAUUUCCUGAUAGAAGUUCGUGGCUUUUUGCGAGUGGUUUGACGCAAUCUUCCCAGUUUACGAAAGGGCCUUUUUUGGCUUUCGAAGCAUUUUUAUGGUGGAAGAACAGACCUUUUUCAUCAGUAGCGACUUUUAUAGUUUAUUGAUGAUUCUCGAGGAUUUGAUAAGUAUUGCGAAUAGUGUUUCGGUAGAAGAAUCACUUUUAUAUAUUGGAUUUGUCAAUGCCAUUUGAUUUGUUUUUUGUAGGGGUGAAGUAAGAGUAGUCCAUUUCUAUGUAAACGAUUCAAAUGCAGGCAUAUUCUCUCCUAAUAUAGAGAAUUAUAUGUUGGAUCAAUGAUCAUGAUGUGAAGAACCACGUUAUUGUAGAAACCAGUAUAUCUUGACUUUUCUUCCA